GAGGAUGGCCAAAGGUCCAUCUCAUACCUGAAGAAGAAGUUUGUGUACGAUGAGACCAAGGGCAAGUUUGAAAGGCUGCAGUUUGACAUCCAAUCGCCCUUGGAGCACUACCUUGGCUCAGCCGGGCUCACUACCAAGGAGGUGGCUGAGCGUAGGGGCAAGUAUGGUGAAAACAUCUACGACAUCCCUCUGCCGGACUUUUGGGAGCUCUUCCAGGAGCAUGCAGUGGCGCCCUUCUUUGUCUUCCAGCUCUUCUGCGUACUCCUCUGGCUGAUGGAUGAUUACUGGUACUAUUCCUUGCUCACACU